CGUAGCUCCUCCUGCAGUGACACUUUGGAGCCACAUGCACUCUCCCAGGCCUCACAGACUUCAUUGCCAUGGCGUCCCUGUCCCUGCCCCUGUCGUCCCUCCUCGGACACAGGAAGUGUCUCCAGAGGACCGCUGUCUUCUGUAGUGUCCUGCAGGGUUUACACCAGCGGGCCUUCUCCUCCACCUCCCGGUCAUGGAGACGGACUCUCGGUGCGGUCCAGCUCGGAGUCGGUCAGCUCCUGUCACGGCAGCAGCAGCAGCAGGACGGAGCAUCAGUGUGUCGCAGCAGUUCCUCUUCACACGGUCAGGACAUGACAGAGAGACUGUGGUCUGUUUACAACCAGACCAAGAGGCAGACACAAGAUUUGAUCCCAGCAAUUUGCACCAACGCCAUCAACCCCAACACCAUUUUUGCCAACAACGAGAUGAGCCUGCGAGACAUAGAGAUCUACGGCUUUGACUAUGACUACACCCUCGCCUUCUACUCCAGCCAACUCCACACCCUGAUUUUCAACAUAGCCCGGGACAUUUUAAUCACCAACCACAGGUAUCCAGAGGGUUUGCGAAAGUAUGAGUAUAUUCCAGAUUUUGCAGUGAGAGGACUUCACUAUGAUGUGCAAAAGGCACUGCUGAUGAAGAUAGAUGCUUUUCACUACAUCCAGCUGGGAACCGUAUACAGGGGUCUUCAUCCAGUUUCUGAUGAGGAAGUAAUUGCCAUGUAUGAAGGUUGUCACGUACCUCUAGAGAUCAUGAGUGACUUCUAUGGCAAGAGCUCCCACGGCCACACCAUGAAACAAUUCAUGGACAUCUUCUCCCUGCCUGAGAUGACCCUCCUGUCCUGCGUCAAUGACUUCUUCAUGAGGCACAACAUCGACUACGAGCCAGUCCAUCUCUAUAAAGACGUAAAGGAAGCCAUUAGAGAUGUUCACGUCAAGGGCAUAAUGUACCGAGCUGUGGAGGCAGAUAUUGAUAAAUACAUUUGCUAUGGUGAGCAAAGCCAUGCUGUGCUGAAGAAGCUGUCAGAGAGUGGAAAGAAAAUGUUCCUCAUCACCAACAGUCCUUUUUACUUUGUGGACCGAGGAAUGAGCUUCAUUGUAGGGAAGGACUGGAGGGACCUGUUUGAUGUUGUUAUUGUUCAGGCCGACAAACCCAGUUUCUUCAACGACCGGAGAAAACCUUUCAGGCGAGUGACAGACCAAGGUGCGUUGCUGUGGGACAGAAUUCACAGGCUGGAAAAAGGGCAGAUCUACAAACAGGGAAACCUUUAUGAGUUCCUGAGACUCACCGGCUGGAGAGGAUCCAAAGUGCUGUACUUCGGUGAUCACAUCUACAGCGACUUGGCAGAUCUAACACUGAAACAUGGCUGGAGAACAGGUGCCAUCAUCCCUGAGCUGAGGAAAGAGAUCAAGAUAAUGAACACAGAGCAGUAUGUGCACAUGAUGACCUGGUUACAGGCACUGACUGGACUCAUUGAACAGAUGCAGGUGCACAGGGAUCCGGCGUCUCAAGCUGUCGUUGAGGAGUGGAUCAGAGAAAGAGAGGCCAUGAGGCCACAGACGAAGGACAGCUUCAACGCUCAGUUUGGGAGUCUUUUCCGCACUUACCACAACCCCACCUACUUCUCCCGCCGACUGUCGCGCUUUGCAGACAUCUACAUGGCCUCCAUCAGUUGCCUGCUCAACUACGACUUCCAGCACACCUUCUUCCCUCGCCGUAAUCCUCUGCAGCACGAGUCCCCCUUCUGGCCUGAGCACAACCUGAAGGUCUGAGCCUCUCCGGUCCACAGGACCAAAGCAGAGUCUGACCAGAGACACUGAGAAGAAGAGAAUGAUGAAUGGAAUGAAUGAUUUUCAUUGCUGAUUUAAACAACUUGAAAUAAGUCAUUGUCGAAGAUGCAUGGCACAUUUUAGGUCAUGCAUAAAGUGUUGAUGUUUAUAUAGUUAGUAGUUAGUUGACUUUAGUUUCACAGAAUUGAUUACAUUUUAAUAGAUUUUAAGACAAAUGAUACGAGACAGAAUGUACAGUUUCACUUAUGCAAGAUUAAUGUGCAUAGAUUAUAUUUUGAAGGCACUGAAUGGUGUGUGUGUGUGUGUGUGUGUGUGUGUGUGUGUGUGUG